AUGACGUCGCAGUAUAAUUUCAAACGGAUAACCGUUGUUCCGACAGCAUCGGAAUUGAAAGAUGUCGUGCUGUCCAAGACACAACGGAAAACACCCACUGUGAUUCAUAGGCAGUACGCGAUCGGAAGAAUACGUGCUUUUUACGCUCGGAAAAUCAAAUUUCUUCAGCAAACUCUCCAUGACAAAUUAACGCAGAUCAUCAAUGAGUUUCCCAAAAUGGAGGAAGUUCACCCAUUUUAUUCCGACUUGAUGAACAUACUUUACGAUAGGGAUCACUACAAAAUUGCACUUGGACAAAUGAAUACUGCCAGGCAUCUUAUUGACGGAAUUGCUCGCGAAUACGUGCGUUUGAUGAAAUAUGGUGAUUCCCUUUAUCGGUGUAAAAUGCUGAAGAGAGCAGCCUUGGGUAGAAUGGUCAAGUUACUAAAGCGCCAGAAGUCGAGUUUCGAUUACCUCGAACAAGUUCGGCAGCAUCUUUCUCGUUUACCUUCCAUCGAUCCCGUUACAAGAACGUUAAUCCUAUGUGGUUUUCCAAAUGUGGGCAAAUCCUCCUUCAUUAAUCAAGUAACUCGAGCAGACGUUGAAGUUCAACCAUAUGCUUUCACAACAAAAGCUCUUUACGUCGGACAUCUUGACUACAAAUUUCUGCGGUGGCAGGUGAUUGACACACCCGGUAUACUGGAUCAAGCACUUGAAGAAAGGAAUACGAUCGAAAUGCAAGCGGUUACAGCUCUUGCACAUCUCAAAGCUGCUAUUCUUUUUGUUAUGGAUAUUUCAGAACAAUGUGAUAGGACCAUAGAAGAACAGGUUAACUUGUUCGAGUCAAUUCGGCCACUCUUCGCCAAUAAACCUGUGCUAAUUGGUCUAAAUAAGGUGGAUAUAGUACGUAGAGCUGAUAUUUCACCGCAGAAAGUAGCACAUCUAGAGAAGCUCGAAAAAGAAGGAAUACCUGUCAUAGAGAUGUCAACAGUAACUAAAGAAGGAAUCAUUACUCUGCGAGAUAAGGCAUGCGAUGCGUUAUUGGCUCAACGAGUGGAAACGAAAUUACAGUCGAAGAAAGCGUCAGUGGAAGAUACUGUUUUGAAUCGCAUUUUUGUGGCCUAUCCGACGCCAAGGGAUGACAAGGUCCGUGCUCCGUAUGUUCCCGAAACUGUUAGACAACGCAAGCAACGCAUGCAGACAGAUGAGCCUUUAGAAAGAGAUGAAAAUACAAGAAGACUGGAGCGUGAACUAGAGCUUGAGUUGGAAGACGAAUAUAUACUGGAUCUGAAAAAGCACUACAUGUUAAAGAAUCCCGAGGAGAAAUACGAUGUUAUCCCAGAGAUUUGGGAAGGUCACAAUUUGGCAGAUUUUGUAGAUGUGGAAAUUCAGAAGAAAUUGGCUGAUCUGCUUGCUGAGGAAGAGCUGCGAGAAAAAGCAGGCGAGUACGAUCCAGAUUUAGACAGUGAUGAUGAGGAAACGAAGGAGAAAUUAGAGCUAGCCAGACAAAUCCGUGAGAAAGAGAAGUUGCUCACAUUGGAAAACCAGAUCAACAAGAAGAAAGCGGGCAACCAAGUGUCGCGAUUGAAUGUUCGCAAACGUGAGAGAUCAAUGAGCCGCUUGGAGGAGCAAAUGGAAGAACUUGGUGUUGAGGUUGACGCAAAGCGAAUGAAAAAUCUGCAAGGACAGGCUCAGAAGCCACAAUUAGGCAAAAAGGUGAAGGUCGGCCGAUCACCAAGUUUGAGUGCGUCACGGCCGCCACCUAGAGAUGAGCUCGGUAUUUCUAACAAGGCUAAACGACUGAAGGCUGAGAAACUCCGCGCAAAGGCAAUGCAGCGUCUGAAGCGUGAAGCAAGAAAGGGAGAGGCUGACAGACAUGUGUACGAUUUGAAACCCAAACACUUGUUCAGCGGAAAGCGGAAAAUGGGAAAGACAGAUCGAAGAUAA